GGCACGGCGGCGGCGAUGCGGGGGGCGGGGGAGCGGGUUCCCAGCGUCCCCGGGAGGAGAGGAGGAGGAGGAGGAGGAGGAGAAGGAGGAGGAGGAAAAGAGGAGGAGGAGGAGGAAAAGAGGAGGAGGAAAAAAGGAGGAGGAAGAGGAGGAGAGGAGAAGCACCAGCCCCAGGUUACCAGCACUAGGCAGCGCUGUUCGAAUUCUUUGCCUCUCCUCCCACACCCCUGCACACAAAGGCAGCGCUAUAAGGAGGGAGGAGGGGGGACAAGGAUCAAGCGCCCGGAGGAGGAGGAGAAAAGGGGAGAAAUAAGUCGAAGGAGGCAGGUCUUGCUGUAUUUGGGGCGCCGUGACUCAUGGGCUGCUGCUGCUGUCUCAAGGAAGGAGUUCAUCCGCCCACUCACGAGCCCCUGCCACAGAUAUGCUGAACAUCAAUGGCACCUCUCCCCAUCGGCAGGAGAAGGGAAUGGGGACGCCAGGAAGAGGAACCGUAGGAGUGACUCACCACCAGCUCCGCCCUGUUCUCGCUUUGGGGGCAGGAAGGGGAAACUGAGGCAAGAGGCCAGGAUCCGAGGCGAGCUGGUGGCCAAGAACCCAGAUCCCGGUUGGGCCUCCAUCAAUCGGGGUGUGCUGAUCUGUGAUGAGUGUUGUAGUGUCCACCGGAGCCUGGGCCGCCACAUUUCCAUCGUCAAACAUCUCCGACACAGCCCCUGGCCUCCCACCUUAUUGCAGAUGGUACACACCCUUGCCAGCAAUGGAGCCAACUCCAUCUGGGAGCAUUCCCUUUUGGAUCCCGCUCAGGUGCAGAGUGGCCGGCGAAAGGCCAACCCUCAGGACAAAGUCCAUCCCAUCAAGUCUGAAUUCAUCCGAGCCAAGUACCAGAUGUUGGCAUUUGUUCACAAGCUGCCGUGUCGGGAUGACGAUGGUGUCACCGCCAAGGACCUCAGCAAGCAAUUACACUCCAGCGUGAGGACUGGCAACCUGGAAACCUGUCUGCGCUUGCUGUCUCUGGGUGCCCAGGCCAACUUCUUCCAUCCCGAGAAGGGCACGACGCCCCUUCACGUGGCAGCCAAGGCUGGGCAGACGCUACAGGCGGAGUUGCUGGUGGUAUACGGGGCUGACCCAGGUGCCCCUGAUAUCAAUGGAAGGACUCCCAUUGACUAUGCCAGGCAGGCUGGGCACCAGGAGCUGGCAGAACGACUGGUAGAGUGCCAAUAUGAGCUGACCGACCGGCUGGCUUUCUACCUGUGUGGACGCAAACCUGAUCACAAGAAUGGGCAUUAUAUCAUCCCACAGAUGGCUGACAGAUCUCGCCAAAAGUGCAUGUCUCAGAGCCUGGACCUGUCGGAGCUGGCAAAGGCAGCAAAGAAGAAACUUCAGGCACUGAGCAACCGGCUGUUUGAGGAGCUGGCCAUGGAUGUCUACGAUGAGGUGGACCGCAGAGAGAAUGAUGCAGUGUGGCUGGCUACCCAGAACCACAGCACCCUGGUGACGGAGCGGAGCGCAGUCCCCUUCCUCCCAGUGAACCCGGAGUACUCAGCCACUCGCAACCAGGGGAGACAGAAGCUUGCUCGCUUCAAUGCCCGGGAGUUUGCCACCCUGAUCAUCGACAUCCUCAGCGAGGCCAAGCGGAGACAGCAGGGCAAGAGCCUGAGCAGUCCAACAGACAAUCUCGACUACUCUCAGCGUAGCCAGAGCGACUUGGACGACCAACACGACUACGACAGCGUGGCGUCUGACGAGGACACAGAUCAGGAGCCGCUGCGCAGUGCGGGCGCCACCCGCAACAACCGGGCCAGGAGCAUGGACUCCUCCGACCUGUCUGAUGGGGCAGUUACUCUGCAGGAAUACCUGGAGCUCAAGAAGGCCCUGGCCACCUCGGAGGCCAAAGUGCAGCAGCUGAUGAAGGUCAACAGCAGCCUGAGUGAUGAGCUCCGGAGGCUGCAGAGGGAGAUCCACAAGCUUCAGUCUGAGAACUCACAGAUCCGGCAGCAGUCAGGCCCUGCCCCGGCGGCCCCAGUGCCCAGUGAGCGCGCAGAGCACGGACAUGGCGGGGCUGGCGGGGCCGCCCCCCGCCGGGACCGCCAGGCCUUCUCCAUGUACGAGCCCGGCUCUGCCCUCAAAGCUUUCGGAGCCCAGCCUGGCGACGAACUUGCCUCUCGGCUCCAGCCCUUCCACAGCAGCGAACUGGAGGACGACUCUGUCUACUCUAUCCAUGCCCCUUCAGGCCUCUACCGGAUCCGCAAGGGGGUCUCUGCCUCAUCUGUACCUUUCCCACCUUCCUCCCCGCUGAUGUCCUGCACACAGGAUGGGGGUCGCCACAUGAGCAAACUCUCCCGCCACGGCAGCGGGGCUGACAGUGAUUACGAUAACACUCAGAGUGGAGAGCCGCUGCUUGGGCUGGAAGGAAAACGAUUCUUGGAUCUGGGAAAGGAUGAAGACUUUCACCCUGAGUUGGAGACCUUGGAUGGAGAGCUGGACCCUGGUCUGCCCAGUACAGAGGAUGUCAUUUUGAAAACGGAGCAAGUGACCAAGAACAUACAGGAGUUACUGCGGGCUGCCCAGGAGUUCAAGCAUGACAGCUUUGUGCCCUGUUCAGAGAAGAUUCACUCGGCAGUGACGGAGAUGGCCGCCCUCUUCCCGAAGAGACCCUCUCUGGAGCCCGUGCGCAGCUCUCUCCGGCUUCUCAACGCCAGCGCGUACAGACUGCAGAGCGAAUGCCGUAAGACGGUGCCCCCGGAGCCCGGUGCCCCUGUGGACUUCCAGCUGCUGACGCAGCAGGUGAUCCAAUGCGCCUAUGACAUCGCCAAGGCAGCCAAGCAGCUGGUGACCAUCACCACUCGAGAGAAGAAGCAGUGACCGGGCUCCCCGCCUGCCCCAAGCCGCCCUCCCCACCCCUCCUUCCCCUCCUGGGGGCCUCACGGGCCGAGGGAGCUGGGUCACUUUCCACACCCACUCCUUCUCAUCCAAGUAGCCACUGGCACAAGUGCCCUUAGAGCUGUCAUCCUUGCCGGGCAGCCGUGAGCCUUGGUGUCCGACCCCCUCUCGUUCCCCCCCGCCCAGGAAGGACCGGGGGUCAGGAGCGUGGCACGGGACUGCCCACUGGAAGUGAGGUGUGACUCAGGGACAGAGUCCGAUCAGUGGGACCCGGCCCCCUCCCACCUCCUGACUGUAAAUAAGCCCUUUCCCUAGCAGAGUUCUGGGUUGGGGGGAGAACACUAGGCCCCCUCCUUCCCCACCUCCCUUAGGCUCCUUCAGCAAAGGAUCAGGGGGAAGGGACACUCCAUGCUGGGGCCUGCUCCCCACACACGCACACCCACCCCCACGAGCCAGUUUAGUCCCCUUGAGGGCUAAGCGGGGGGCAGCCCCCCACCCUGUACAUAGUCUCCAUGGAUGUCCCCUUCCUGUAGCCACCAGCCCCUCUGCUGCUCUCUCAAAUGCCAAAUGGCCCCGCCCCUGGGGCGGGCUCAGCUCCGGCCUGGGGGGCCCCCAGCAGCAAACACUGGAAAUUGUUUUUCUUAAUUUUAACUUUGUGGUAACUGAGUGUCCCUGUGUGCCUGAGUGUGAGUGAGGGGCGGCAGUGCCGUCCUGCAAGCUUGCUCCCUUUGGGUUUUUGGGUUUGGUUUUUUGUUGUUUGGUUGGGGGAGGGGGGAAGGAAGAGAAGAAAGUGGGGACAGAGAUGGGGAUGCUACUACUCUGGAGGCUCCCUCUUCCCUGCCCUAGGCAGAGCUGUGCCAACUUGAUGAGCUGUAGUUGUACCAGCUGCGCUCCCCAUCCCCCCUUUUCACCCUACUCCCCCCCCCCCCAGUUUCCCUUUUUUCUGAUGAAGAGGAGCUGUGGCCUUAACACUGCAUGCCCUGCUCCCCCUCACUUGGGAGGCCAGAGGAAGAUGGGUGCUGGGAAGGAAUCGUGCUGCCUUCCAGAGGAGUAAAGGACCCUUCACCUGGGGCUGGCUCCCCCGGGGUCCCAAACUCAUAUGCCAGGCCUAAGUCCUUGCCAUCUCAGGCCCUUCACAUGCCCCUAACCAUCCUAAUGGCCCAGGGUGGAGCACAGGUUCCAGCGUUGGGGCACUUGGUCCCCCCUGGGCACCUGUCCCUUGCCAGGGCUGGAGAGGCACACCAUCUUGUCCUGGCAAGGGUGGGACUCUCCAGCUCCUCUCCUUCCUCACCCCAAACACUCCACCCCAUUUGGGGCUUGGGGGCUGGGCCAUGUCUGUGUGGUGGUGGGUGAGCUGACUGUCAGGUGUGUGUCAUGUACAUUUGUAUCAAAAAUAAAUAAGUGACCAUUC